GACGAGCACAGAGAGACAGGGCCCUCCCUUUGGGAGCAACUGGUUGAGAGAAAUCAGCACGUUGCCAGACUACAGGAUGCACUGAGACGCGAGAGAGAGAAGGGUUCCAGCCUGCAGUGUCGGUGUAAUCAGCAGGGGUCAGAGUUGAGGCGUAGAGAGCAGCACAGCGCCAGACUUAAGGAGAGACUAACCCAACUUGCAGAGAGACACAGAGAGAGAGGCGCCUCCAUGGAACUGUUGAACCCGGUGCCCAGAGGUCAGGUGAAGAGGGACAGACCAGCCAGGACCAACGGAAGGAAGGAGGAGGCAGCGCUACGUGUGAUGCUGGAGCGGCGAGAGGCGGAGUUGAGGGAGGCCAUGAAGCUCCGACACAAACUCACCACGCUACUGCACGCGCUCAGAGCAGACAUGGAACGGACCCUAUUGGACACUGUGGGUGACCAGGAAGAGGACCCAGACAGCGCCAAGAUGCUGGUCCAGUCAGAGGAGUCCCUGGGCGAACAUGUGACAGGGGGUGUGUUCCAGGGAUGGAAGUGUGUGCAGAGGAGACUAGGGGACCUCCUGAGUCAGGGUCACGUGGCUGUGGGGACUGACCAGGAUAAGCUCUUGGCCCAGCUAGAGACAGAGUUGGAUCAGAGUCAACAGUUGGUCAAACUGCAGCAGCAUCUACUACAGGACAGUGUGAUCACUCCGGUCCCGGCCGCUCUGACAGACUGCUACUUCCUGGAAGAGUGGGAGCGGCUUCAGGACAGCUGGGCGGAGCUAGAACACCAGAAGCGGAGCUUCCAUAGGGAGAGACGGGCCUUCACCGACGCCGCCAUCCGAUUGGGCCACGAGAGACGUGAGUUUGAGCAGCAGAGGGCCUGUGUGGUGAAGCAGCAGUAUCUGUUUGACUCUCCGUUGGGGAGGACGUUGCAGCGUCACAACAGGAGAGAGAGCACCGUCCUCAAUCUCUCAGAUUCUGAUCACAUGAUCUUGUCCGGCUGUCGGCCGGCCACGCCCUCCUCUGCCGAGUCUGGGAUCAUACCCUGGUUAGAGUCAUCGGGGUCUCUGCAGGUUCAUGGCAAGGUCAAAGUUCACACGCCCAGCACCCCAGAGCUCUACUCUGCCCUCCAACUGCCCUACAGCUGCAGGUCCAGUGAGAGUGAUGUCCAGUCAGAGUGCUGGGAUGUGGGGGCAGAGAGGCUCCAGUUCGCCCCCCCUGGUCCUCACCUGGACGGGUCAUUUCAGUAGUAUUGCUGUUUUAUAUGUCGUUUCCAUUGUCUGUUUCAGUUGUAUGUUGUUCCUUUUGUCGUUUCUAUUGUGUUUUAUCAAAUCGUUUUUCAAUGUGAUUAAUAAAGAUUAUUUGUUUGA